AUGAAGGUCUCUAUCCAGAUUGUCACCGUUGCCCUUGCGGCUUCUGCUGCCGCUCACCCUCAGAACGGUAAAAAGGGUCCGCCCAGCAGCACCACAUCUGGCAGUGCUACUUCAAGCACUGCUGCACCCUCGAAGGGUUCCAUGUCUAACCUUCCCUUCAUGCCUACAUGGUUCUUCCGGGACUCUUCCCAGAACAAGUGCAUCAGCGCCUACAAUGCCUGCUUGAUCGCCAAGUCGAGCGAUCAGUCACCUUGUGCCUCUGACUACACAUCAUGCAUCAAGACCGCUGCCUCCUCUGGUGCCCCCUCUGGUGCCCCCUCUAGCGGCCCUCCAACCUCUACCAAGCCACCUCCUUCUGCAACUGGAAGCAUGACUGCCUCGCGCACCACCGGCCGACCCCAGCUACCUACAAGCCUCCGACAAUGGUGGGGCCAGGAACAGGGUCGCCGACGCUGCCGAUACGAGCACUACACUUGCAUUCGAGACAAGUCCAGCGAUAAGGCAGACUGUGACGACAAGAGGGCCUCUUGCUUCGCAUCGGCCAAGACUGUCACCGCGACUACUGGUCCCACUAGUAUCCCAACUCGGUCAGCUACUACUACCGGCACAGGGUCAACUGCUACCACUUCUUCAACCAAUGUUGCUGACGCUGGCGUCGCCCCUACCGGCACUGGUGCUCCUCUUAAUGCUGAUGACCCUUCUUUUGACGACGACGACAGUGACGACUCAACAUAA